AAUGGUAGAUGCCAAAAUGACAGUCUUUGAUCAGGAUUUGCUGAAAUCAUAUCAUUGUAUCAUUUACGGUAACAAGGUGCUCUACAUUGACUUUGUUACCAAGAAGAAUGUCCAGGAUUUCGACAUGAAAAUGACAAUGUUUGCGCUAAAGCAAAGCAAUCAUCAGGUGAAUGUCCUCAACAUAACAUUGCCGGGAUGUAAGACCCUGAGUCAAACGCAAAGGGCAAAUCUAUUAAAAAUCGUAGCUCGAGAAGUUUUUCGUGUCGCUAAUGUGCCAAAGAAAUGUCCACUCUUAAAGGACACAUUAUAUUCUAUCAACAAUUACACAAUAAGAGAUGAUGAUUUCCCAGUGUUUACACCCACAAUAACAUGGCAAUUACAUUUUGAUAUUUUGAUUGCGAAUCAAACGGUUGCGAAAGUAACAAUCAAUGGACGUGUUCGAAAAUUAUUAUGAAGUCUAAACCUAGUAUGACAAUAAAAUGCA